ACCCUCUGCUGCUCUCAAGUUCAAACCCAACCUCUUCCAUUUUCCAUCUUUCCACGUUCAAAGAUUUGGAACCCGAUGCUGAUUUGGGUUCGAUGGGAUUAGAUAUUAGAAAGUGAUACGUACCCAGAUUCUAUAUUCAGUCUUUGUUUCUUUCUAUUGAUCGAUCAACUCUUGUUUACUCUCCUUAUUCGACUUCCCUCUAUUUUGCUCACAAUCACAAGUUCCGUUGAACCUGCUUUGGCUUUUUUUUUAAAGGAGAUUCUGCUUUGGCUUUGAACAAGGUGAUCGAGCAAAGAAAUCAUGGCCACAGAAAAAAGGAGCGGUGAAUCAAACUAUGAAAAUAGGAUGGAAGCAGGCCAAGAUUGUGAAUUUGACAGAGGCAAGGAACCUGAAUUUUCCUUGGAGAGGGGUCAAUGGAAGCCGGUUUUUGAUGAAUCUCGAAUGUCACCUAGACCUCUAAAGAAGAUCAAGAGCCCUGAACGUAGUCAUCAUCCCCAAUCCUAUGCUUUCAUCCCUGAAUUCCAACACCCAUCUCCUCCUCCUCGUACUUCACCAGAUGCAUCAUCAAUCACUACUUGUUCUCCUCCUCCUUCCAGGAUAGUCUUUCCUUUUUCUUUUGACGGGUCUCUGCCGCAGCAGCAGCAGCAGCAGCAACCUAUAAUAUUUCCUUACCAACUACAGACCACAAGUCUGCAGCCUAUUCAGUUCCCGCCAAUUACACACGUUGUAGAGCAGCAGCAGCAACAAAAUCAGCAGCAAAUGAUAUCAUUUGCGUCGCAACAGCAGCAAAUAAUAUCCUGGCAGCAGCAACAGCAAAUGCUUCAGUAUUGGAGUGAUGCUUUGAAUUUGAGUCCAAGAGGAAAAAUGAUGAUGAUGAUGAACAGGUUUGGAGGAGCUAAUAGUAGUGGUGGUAUUAGGCCACCGGGGAUGCCCAUAAGUACCAGUAAGCUUUACAGGGGAGUAAGGCAAAGGCAUUGGGGCAAAUGGGUAGCUGAAAUCCGUCUUCCUCGAAACAGGACUCGCCUCUGGCUCGGUACCUUCGACACAGCUGAAGAUGCUGCCAUGGCUUAUGACCGCGAGGCAUUCAAGUUGAGAGGGGAGAAUGCUAGGCUUAAUUUCCCUGAGCUUUUCCUCAACAAAAACAAAGAUGAUGACAAUGCUGCAGCUGUUACAAAAGCUCCAAGUUCAACAGUAACUGCUUCUGUGCCCAUUCAACAAGUUUCAAAGCCAUCCAGGUACCAGGGUAAGCAGCAACUUUCAAACCUUGAUUUACAAUUACAGAUUCCAAUUUCGGAGACGGAAUCAAGUGCACCUCCGCCAGAGCCAUAUUCACAGCCCCAGGAAGACGAUGACACUGGUGCAAAUGGUAUGGCCAGUGCCAGCCAUCUACUUGAGGUUGAAAAUCAUGGCGAAAAAGGGAGGAUCAUUUCUGAUGCCCCUACACAUGAAUUGGUUUGGGGAGAUAUGGCAGAGGCUUGGCUGAAUGCAAUGCCUCAAGGUUGGGGUCCUGGUAGUCCUGUCUGGGAUGAUUUAGAGUUGGACGUCACCUCCAAUCUUGUGCGGCAAUAUCAUGAUCAUCACCAUUUUACGGCAAAUAAUUCGGAUCGUCAUGAUCUGCCCCAGCUGGAAGACAACUCUUGUUCUGCCUCUUCUUCAUAUCCUAUGCAGCACUUCUUCUGGAAAGACCAAGAUUGAACUCAAAGACCCGAUUCUUUCUCUUCUCCCUUUGCUAAUUACCAACUUGGAUGCAUGCAUUCUUCACUUGUCAGUUUCAUAUCUUCUAAUCACUAUUAGCCAAUUAGCCUUCCUCUUAUUUCUCCUCCUACUGGUUCUAGCCCUUUCCAUUUCAAACUGAUCACAAGCAUACAUAGAUCCUUCCCUUUGCAACGUUGUCAAUUUUUUCGUACAAGUUCAAGGGAUUGUAUGACUUUCACUUUCCACCUGCAUAUACACCAUUUUUCCUUCAUAGAGUAGAAGAAGCCGGGUACUGCUCAAAGGCUGCUUUCUUUUUUUGGCAGGCCUCUCAGCAAUGGCAAUCAUCAGGGUUCUUGUGUGUUGUUUAUUAGUAUAUUAGGACUUUGGAGUCACUAGUUAUAUGUAGUUAGACUUGAGCAGAACCAUUUCAUUAUUCUGUAUUCAGUAGUAUUGAACCCAUGCCGAGCUUGGAGACAGUUUCGUGAUCUCCUUCGAGUCGGUUUGUUUCGUCGACCAUCGCCAGCUUCAUUUUUUAGCUCAGGGGAUGGAAUAGAAUACAAUUAUAGAUAAUGCCUACAAUAUCUAUCAGUUGUCCUUGUACUCGAAUUUC